AUGUCCAUCGCCAAGACAGUCCUUCACAAGUUUGUUGGCUACCUGGAGGCGCAGGCCUCGGAGCUGAUCUGGAAACCUCGGUGCUCCGCGACAAUCGCAUGGGAACAAAGCCAGGGCAUCUCUGCCAAGGAUAAGACAUCCAAAUAUACAGGCCCCCGAGGUGAUUGGAGUCAAGGAUACGGUUACAUCACGCACGAUGGUUUCUCGACAAUUGUUGCGCAGAGCCAGGCGCAGGCCUCGGAGCUGAUCUGGAAACCUCGGUGCUCCGCGACGAUCGCGUGGGAGCAGACCCAGGGUAUCUCUGCCAAGGACAAGACAUCCAAGUACACAUGCCCCGAAGUGACUGGAGUCAAGGAUACGGUUACAUCACGCAUGAUGGUUUCUGCCCGUGUGGCGCUUCGCUAG